AUGCAAACAACAAUAAACCCUCGAGAAGCCCAUGACAAACGCAGACUGAGCCCAUCUCGCCCCACCUCACGUCGCACCCCGGUACCCUGGCUAAGGAAAAUGUGCCCCCCGCCCAUGAGAAGCCUUCCGGCGUCCGGCCAAGGUCCAGCAGCCGCCCGGGUUGAGUUUGCCCAACUCUUACCCAAGUCCAGAGAUCUUGAGAAUCGCAGCGCAGCCUUUUCUCCCCGGUCUUCACCCAAAGCCAGCCAAGACACAAAAUCUGUUCCAAUCAGCGCGGUUAGCGUCCAAGCAGUGUCCCAGAAGAAAGCGAUCUUUGGGAGUCUUCUUUCAGGCGUAAAGGUGGAGACGCGGGAAAGAGGAACAUGCUGGGGGGGGGCAGGGGGGGCGGGUAACCCGAGCCGGGGCCGGGAUUCGAGCAGUUGCCGCUGCUGCAGCUGCUGCUGCCGGGACAGUGGCCGCUGGGGGGUUGUCGCUUGGCGCCGCGCUCUGUCCCUAGCGCAACACGCAGGAUCUUCCCGGCCCGACUCCUGCACCUCGAUCGGAAAAACUAAGAAACUCAAGAGGAGUCAUCAGAAUUCCUUCCAUGUGGGAGUCAUCAACCCAACUGGUGACUUUUUAUUCUGCUCCACAUAUAAGAGUGAACAACAGUGUUGCCUGCCCUGUUGGAUGCAGUAUUCAAGAUGCCAUCUUGGAGGUGAGACCAGAACCUCCCAGACACUAAACCUGCUGCUGCCUUGAUCUUGGACUUCUCAGCCUCCAGAACUGCAAUAAAUAAAUUUUUAUUCUUUAUAAAUUACCUAGUCU